AUGAUUCAUUGGAACAGACCUGUUGGUAGAGCUGAGGAUUUACCAACGCCAGAUUCCUCGGUGGACCUCAUUACAUCAGCCACCGCUAGUCAUUACUUCGACUGGACUGAGUUCAGGAAGGAAGUCAAUCGCGUCCUCAAACCUAACGGAUGCCUGGCUGUCUUAGCUUUCGACAUCAUUUACAUCGAUCAUCCUGAUGACGUCAUCAUGAAGAAACUGAAUGAUUGCAUCGACUCAUAUCUUGACUAUACGAACAACCGAGAUCUGAAGGCUAGCACACCAGUUGGCUAUCAGCAUAUGAAGGAGAAAUACACCACUCUACAACUGCCGUUUGCUGACCAAAAAAGCAUCAUGACAAUCCUAGGAGGAGGAGAUCCUGAUGUCACCAUGGUUACAUCAUGGAUGCCUAUCUUUAUACGAUUUGCAAGAAAACCUGGCACUAACCUCUGA